AUUUCCCAAAGUGAAGCCAAGGAAAGGGCGGGGCGCGCAAUGGCGGGGCCAGGCCCGGGGAGGAGGAUGAGGAGGAAAACGAGAGGGAGGAGGAAGCAGCGCGACGGGAUCAGUCGGGACGAGCCGCGGCUGGGAGCUGUCGGGACACCGCCCGGGCGUGCCCUGUCCCGGUUAACACCGGGAUCCCGUGCUCCCGGAGCCGCCGGUGCCCGCCGGGAGCUGCGGGGAUGCCCCGGCGGCGGGCAGUGCCCACGCUGACCACGCUGUGCCUGCAGAGCCUGGCCCAGCACAUGCAGAGCCUCUGGGCCAAGGACUACAGCGACAAUUACCUGGACGAGUACGAGUUCCGCUUCCUCGUGGGCCCCUUCAACGACCUGGCCUGCGGGCUGGUGCAGGAGCUGCUGCAGCUGCUGGGGACGAGCCGGCGGCUGUCGCGCGCGGCGCUGCACCUGCUGCUGCUGCCACACCUGCGCCAGCUCAGCCUGCGGGCCUGCCCCGCGCUCGCCAACAACGCCCUGGGACACCUGAUCGUGGUGCGCUGCCAGGGCCUGAGCGUGCUGGACCUGGGGGGCUGCGGGCGGCUCUCGCCGUCCGUGCUGGUGGACGUGGCCGAGGGGCUGCCGCGCCUGAGCCGCCUGGGGCUGGCCCACACCCAGGCCAACAUCCAGGUGCUGUCGGCCGUGGGCUCCUGCUGCCGCCACCUGCGGGAGCUCGACGUGUCCGGCUGCAAGAAGGUGACGCCGCGUGCCCUGCGGCACCUGGGCUACGACCCCACGGCACGGAGCCCCAGCUGCCCCGCGCUCCGCGUCCUGCUGGCCCGCGACCUGGAGCACCCCGGGGAUGGGGACACGGUGGCUGCCGUGGCCUUCCUGCUGCUGGCCCUGCCGUGCCUGGAGGUGCUGGCACACGGCGCCCUGCCGGAUGCGCUCCGGCUGCUCCGCUCGCCGCAGCUGGACGACAACGAGGACUCUGAGGGUUUCCCCUCGCUGCGGGAGCUGGUUCGGGGCCGGGGGGCUGCGCCGGAGGGACCCCCGAUCACGCUGCCCCUGCGGCAGCUGGAGGAGGUGGAGGAGGAUGUUCUGGGCACCGUGCACGCCGUGUGUCCCCAGGCCGAGGAGGUCAGCGUGUGGCUGGGGGACAGUCCCGGCCCCUCGGGGCUCCGGGAGCUGCUGGGCUGGAAGUUCCUGUCCCGGCUGACGCUGGGCUGCUCUGGGCGGCACGGCCGGGCGCUGGCAGAGGUGCUGCCCCUGGCACAGGGCCUGGGCACCCGCCUGCACACCCUGACCCUGCACGGCUUCAGCUGCCGGGACCCGCUCUCGCUGCCCGGCCUGCUCGCCAGCUGUCCCAGCCUGCAGAGCUUCAGCGCCGAGCUGGAAGUGCCACCGGACCCCAACGCCCACCACGAGCCCCUCGAGGAACCCCCCGGUGGCUGGGCCACCGACCUGCUGCCCCACGGGCUGCCCCAGCUCCGGAGCUUCUCUCUGACUCUGACCGAGCCCGUGCCGGCCGCGCACCGGCCGGUGCUGUGCUCCACGCUGGCCUCGCUGCUGUGCGGGGCCCCGCAGCUGCACACCCUGCGCCUGCUGGCCGUGCCCUUCCCGCUGGACUCGCUGCUGGAGCCGGCGCUGGCGCUGCGGGAGCUGCGGGAGCUGGCGCUGGCCGAGAGCCGCGUGUCCCCCGGCACCGUGUGGCAGCUGCUGGCCUCCGACGGGCCCCUGCGGCGCCUGGACCUGUCCCGCUGCCCCGACAUCCACCGGCGCGACUACGACGGCUUCCUGCAGGCCGUGAGGAAGCAGCGGCUGGAGCUGGACAUCACCUGGGAGUAGCGGCACCAGCGCG